AUGGAUAGAUUUGAAGGACAGCUGUUUAUAGGAGAAUCCAAUAAUUCAAUAGAUCCAGUAGGUGAAAGUGGGACAGGUAGUCCAUCUGAAGAAAACCAAUCUCGGAAAAGAAUCAGAGUGGCUUGUGAUAUUUGUCGAAAGAAGAAAAUCAAAUGUGAUGGAAGCUUUCCUUGUACUAAUUGCACUCAAGCUCGAGAUGCAACUUGUCAUUAUACAGUAAGACCAGUUAAAAAGAAAUCAAAAGCACCUGCAAAAGACAGACUGAUAAAUAAAAAACUGGACAGCAAUGAUCGUACAAAUAAAACAGUAAAAAUAUUGGAAACCAGAAUGUCGUCUUUAGAAAAUGCAAUUUAUGGAUUAACUAGACAAUUAACUAAUUUGGUAGAAGCCCUGAGAUCACAGGGGAGUAGCUUAGUUACUCAAGCCAGUCGGAGAUUUGGAAUAGAAGCAGGCGUAGAAGGAGAGGAACAAAAUGAAAGUGAUUCAAGUCAGCGUUCAGUUUCUCCAGAUAUAGCUGGUGCAACACGUGGUUCUUCCAAUGAACCUUCUAGAGAGAGACGUGCUUCUGAAGCCACAAAGCUAGCACUCAAGUUAGGAAAUGUUGAUCAAUACAUUGGAAGUCAUUCUAUGUUAUGUAUAUUCUCUAAUAACUCCUUAUCAUGGAUGGAGAAUAUGAUGGGCGAAGGCGGCGCUGAAGUCAUUAAGCCAGUAAGGAAUCUACCAGUUGUCUAUUAUUCAAAGCUUGGUGUGUUUCUUAAAAAGUGGAUUGAUCCUCCAGUAGUUGACAAAGCUGGAAGGUUGAAUUUAUUAGAGUCCCCAUUCCCAACAGAUGCGGGCAUGGUUUAUGAGUUGGUUGAUAAUUAUUACCGUGACAUUGCCAUGGUAAAUGUACUUGUGAGUAGUGUUGAAGCGCGGAAACUUUUUGGGGACUACUAUAAAAUUCAAUCAGAGCCUCGUGUCCAGAAAAGAAAGAGAUUUAAAUUAUCUGAACUAAUGAAAUUGACUGGUGUUUUGCUACUCGCAAUCUCCAACAAAUUUGACAAAGAUUCGGUCGCCCAUUUUAGUACCCCGACAUCCGUCAGACUGGACAGUCAUUCUCCAUUGGCGAAAUAUUCAGACCAUUACUUGCUUGAACUACAAUCAAAGUUGUUCGAUGCUGCUAUAUACUAUUAUCAACGUAUAUCCAUAAUAAGUGAAGGUCUAGAAACAAUUGAAGCAAUCUUGAUACUCAUUAUCUAUAUGGAUGGCAGUUGGGCUUCAAGUUUUAUCAAUUACAUACCAAUUUCAAUUGCUAUCCGAUAUGCCCAAGAUAUGGGGUUACAUAGAGCAGAGACAUACAACGGCUUUUCUCUCCCAGAGCAAGAUCGGAGAAGAGCAAUAUGGUCGUAUUGUCAUUAUUAUGAUACAGAAAUGUGUUAUAGAUCAGGAAAACCACCCUUGAUCAAUGAUAACGAUGUGACCAUAAAUGACACCGAAGAUUUAAAGCAAUUUUGUAUCACCCAUUACAAGGGCAAGUUACUUGACGAUAAUACUAUUCCCGUUGAAACCCAAUUUUUGACAGUGCUACAACAGACCGAUCCAGAACUGCUUUAUCAUUUCUUAAUGUUGUCAAUUAGUAAGAUCAGAUCGAAGUCGUACAAUCAACUUUUUAUUGCUCUGGCUCAGAACCGCGACUUUAGAAGUGUAGCUAGGACAUUAGACCAAUUAAAUGCAGAAAUGUUUGAGUUGGCAGGAUAUAUGGCUGAUGGUGCAAGGCCGCGGUUUUACAAUGAUCCUCAAUUUCAUUUCAUCGAUGAGAAUUGGCCACCAGCUAAAAAGGAGAGUACGAUUGCUAUGCAAAUGACUUUUUUCUUACAUUUGCUGAUUAUGAAUAGGAUUCCAACAAUGGUAAGUGCUGAAAAUAUAGGUAAAUUUGGGGCAGAAGCGCUUAAGUUUAGAAGCUUGUCGCUAGAUGCAGCAAGAACAAUAAUGGUGUUAUCUAAGCAAAUAUCCAAAGAUAUUGCGUCGCUUUCUUACUUGAACUGGAUCUUGAACUUCCCAGUCAAUGCAUUCCUUAUCCUAGCUGCGGCAGUAAUGAAUCACCCUCAGUCAACAGAAGCGUACAAUGAUUUGCAGCUAUUAAUUGAUUUUGCAACGAAUGUGUUUAAUUCAUCAAGGUAUAAACUUACCAAUGAAGUUUCAUUAGCUAACGAAUACUCAGAUAAAGAUUUUGUUCUCCGUUUGGUUGUUCGCGUGUUUUUGAAUGUUGUCAUUAAGGCUUUCGAAUCUCAAACCAAUAGUGAAAUCUUAUCAACCAAUCCACCACUUAGAGAAUAUCUUGAAACGACGUCAGUAUUAUUUCCCGAUUUAUACAAAGAUAGAGCAGAUAUUUCUGCCCAGUUCUCCCAAGUAUUUGGUGCAUCUCCAUUCACAAAGGAUCCAAAUAAUUAUAAUUCUAGACCUACACUGGUCAACAGCGUAGCCAAAAAUGAAUUCGUGUCCUCACCAAGAUACAACCCGGCUGUAUCAAAUAUUUUGCAUCAUUCAAAUGACGUUCAAGGAGCACCUUCUUACAAUAACAUUUCACAGUCACAACCAGGAAAUUUCCGGAUGAAACUGGAAUUUGGCCCUGAUCCGCCAUUUACGGCUCCAAAUAUUGCCCCUAUGACACAGGAGGACAGCUAUGAUGUGUUGUCCAAUUAUUUGUAUAAUGAGGGUGCCCCUAAUGCCUUCUUUAAUCAAGUUAAUAAUUUGCCCAAUUUUUUCUUUGAUAAUAAUUUAGGGGUGUAA